CGCCUCUUGUGCAACAUCAAUAAGCCGUGCUUGGAUAGCAGCGAAGUGCCAUCUCUUCUCCGUCUUUUCGUUCAUCACACCCGCACCCACCCACAUCCGCGUGCCGGAUCGAGCAGAGAGGCCAGCUUGACGAGCUUGAGCUGGAAAGCCCGUCUUGCUUGCACACGUGCAAUAGCUGCUUGUGUCUACACAUAGCAGGCGCACAGGCGGUGGACGUGUUCUUCACUCCCCUAUCCCACCGCACACAAACAAACCCUGGUUGGGUCCUCAUCAGACUCACAGCCGGUCUCGAGCACGCAGCAAGACACCCCCCACGAGCCACCAGCACCGCCACUGCUGCUGCUGCCGCUGCUAGCCGCCCCUGGUCUGCUCCCGAGAUAGACGGCAGGCAGCAAAAUGGAGAACCAACCUUUGCUCAAGCAAGGGCCACGCGGAUCCGGCACCGACUUUGCGGGGCAGGACCAUCAUGACUUUGGGGGGGGGGACGUCGCGCGCGCCCGGAGCGGGGGCGGGUCGCAGGCGUACUCCUCCGCGGCGGUCUUCGCCGUAUUUUUCUUCCCUGCCCUCGGCGGCCUCUUGUUCGGGUACGACAUCGGCGCGACUUCUUCCGUGCUGACGCAGCUCGAGUCUUCCACCUUAUCGGACGUUUCUUGGUACAACGUGGUGGCGAGCAGCACGCUCCUGCAGGGGAUCAUCACCAGUAAUGGCGUUUUGGGGGCAAUGAUCGGAUCAAUCAUCUGCUUCAAGGUGGGCGACGCCCUCGGCAGGCGGCGGGAGAUCCUGGUGGCGGCCCUGCUCUUUUUCUUCGGGGCCAUAGUUGAGGCGGUUUCGGGGUCUUCGGUUUGGUCGGGAGACUGGGGGUUGGUGGUCCUCAUGAUUGGCCGGGUGUCCUAUGGGGUGGGGUGCGGCUUCGCCAUGCACGGGGCACCAGCCUACAUCGGGGAGAUGUCUCCCGCGGCGGUGCGCGGCUUGCUGGUGUCGUUGAAGGAAGCCAUGAUCGUCGUCGGCAUGCUGUUCGGGUACAGCAUCGGUUGGUACCUCGAGGACACCGUCGCCGGCUGGAGGUACACGUACGGAGCGGGCGCCUUCCCAGCUGUGAUCAUGUUCGCGGGGAUGUUCCUCAUGCCGCCCUCAGCUAGAUGGCUGGUCUUCUCGGGCAAGAUGGACGAAGCGAGGGAGUCUCUGCAAUUCGUCACACCGGGCAUCUCCGAACUGGCCGUGGCGGAGAUCCAGGCGUCCGCGGAGAAGUCUCAGAGGGAAGGGGAGGGCAAUGUCGGUUUCGAGGCCCUCUGGUCGCCCACAUGCAAACAGGCCUUAAUAGUCGGGCUCUCGCUGGUGACCGGUCAGCCCAGCGUCCUCUACUACGCUGACACGAUCUUCGAGGACGUGGGCCUGGACAGCAGCGCUUCGGUCCUUGUCGCUGCCUUCAAGCUCGUCGCCACGCUCUGUGCCGUCUUUACGGUGGACAAGCACGGGAGGGUGAAGCUGCUCAACAUCGGGUGCAUGCUGAUGCUGUUCGCCCUGAUCGCCCUGACCAUUGCCUUCAUGUUCGACUACGUGAGCGACGAAGACUGCAACGACUACACCACCGACAGCACGUGCUCCGCGUACUCGGACAAAUGUGAAUGGGAUACGAGCUGCACGUGCGACAGCACCAGCACCUCCACCUCCUCCACUUCCUCGAGCAGCGGCUGCACCUGCUGCGGAGUAGCGGGUCUCGACACCCAGAAGGCGUGCAUCCUUGCGGCGAUGUUCGUGUAUAUUGGGGGUUACCAGGUUGGGUUCGGGCCGGUGGUUUGGCUCAUCAUCUCGGAGAUUUUCCCCUUGGAUGUCAGGGGCAAGGCCAUCUCGGUGGCGGUGGUGGCCAACUUCGGGUUCAACCUGCUCGUGACCUUCAUCUUCCCGACGAUGCUGGAAGGCCUCGGAUCCUCGUGGACGUUCGCGAUCUUCGCCGUCGCUGACGUCUACUCGCUGUACUUCAUCAAGACCCGGGUGCCAGAGACGAAGGGGCUGUCCUUGGAGCAGAUCGAAGCCCUGUUCCUGCGGAGAGGACAGCGGAACACGCGAGCGGCUCUUGCGUGACAGGCCCGCGAGCAUUAGAACCGCAGGGGGGAAUGCGCUCAGAGAGCGUUUCGCUCGUUGGGGGCCAGGCUAGCAGCAGCGACAGCAGCAGGGAGGGGGCGCGGCGAGAGCCAUUUAUCUUUCUUCGUUGGUAUCACGACCUUGUGCUGGAAAGCUGGCUUCAGGAGGCAGGUCCCAGUCGGUACAUGUACGCGGCGUGGGUUUCAUGAAUCACUAACGCCCGCGUCCGACCAUGUCAUCAACAUCUUGUGCGACGAGCUCGGGCUUGUGAAGGGAUGCCAUCAAUACGAUUUUGCUUUCGAGAGUUGCUGAUGGUGUUUUUCGGACGGCUUGUGUCAAAGGUCACACGGUCGGGUGUGGUUGCGCUUUCGGGCUAGCGACAGGGCAGCUGAAAAGCAUAACAUAUUCACUUCGAGAAUGCCCCGAGGGCCUGUACUGUACAACGACGGGUGUUGUCACGACGUGCGAGUUUCCCAUUGGCAGAAGGUGGUGACGCGUGUGCUAGAGGUGGGGGCGUCUUACUCGAUUGUUUGUUCCUUCCCUUGUACGCGGCAGGAGGGUGGGAGCCGUCAUCACGAGCGCCAAUGGGGGCAAUAGGGGGAUGCGAUAGAUGGAAGAACAUUCGCUGUAGAGCUCUGUCCGUUGUUGCAUGGUUCAUCGGCGUGGUGGUGGGCUGUUCGACACUAUGCCCCCCCCUGAGCUUGCGUGGUAGAGUGGCCGGCACCAGGUGCGGAGUUGAAGUUGUUUGGGAAAGGGAGGUGGUGGAGGACCGGGGCUCGCGUGAGGAGUUUUUACCUCUAGCUGAGCUAUCCGUGUCCCAGGCGACGGUGGCGUCGUUCUCCAUUCGAUAUGCUCCUUUUCACAUUUGUUUGGCCGUCCUGUGUUUCAGUUUCAAGUGAAUUUAUGGCAGUAUUAAUGGCUUAGCCUUUGUGCCCGGUGUUGGUGGCGGUGUGCUGUGAUCGGGGUCUGUAUUUUUUUUUUUGUGCAGUAAGAUGCGUGAUAUAAGAUGCGUGAUAUCCGUCUCAUUUUCUUGUGCUCCAUCGCUCGUCAAGAGAUGCCGAGGGCUCUUCAGCAAUCCAAGAAUUGCGCGGACACGGCUUUCGGCGGGUGCUGUUGCGACGCUACCUGGUUGAUGGUUCGAUGUUGGCGGAGUACCCGAUCGUUGUUCGGAGCUCGCGCUACCCCCGCUGCUUGAGUGGAUACUUGGAUACAUCUACUACAGUAGCGGCGUUCCCAACUACUGUAGAAGGAAGAGAGUAGGAGUGAGGUCCAACUGCAUCCGAAGUAGUCAACGUGUUCCGAUGUGGACCUAUGUAUCUAUGUAGAUAACAUGGCCGGGCAUCGAUGAAGAAAACCAAACAGCGCCGACCACAGUGAAUUGUGAGUCAUUUGUGUGAAGAGAAGGUGCAGAAUUCACAAACCGUCGUUAGACGUCCCGAGCGGUUAGAUUAGGGAAACGGUCAUUUAGGCCGUUCCUUGGCGAGCACCCUAUGCUAGGCAUUCGAUGGGCGCUGAAUCCACUACUGUGGGCACAUUGCGGGAAGCUCAUCAUGAUGGGAGUUUUGGGAAUGCCUAUCAAUAAGCAUGCCCGUGCGUGGGGCGUCAAUCGUAGUGGGCAACAAGACGCCGAAAACAGGCGAACAAGAUCGACCUCGGACCAGUCAACGCCAAUGUUAUGGGGAUGGGAGUGUAGACGCAUCGUAGAACGCGUUUUCGUUUGAAGUUGACGUCUUGUUUGAGAGUAGAUGUGAUAGAUUUGCGUAGAAUAGGGUAAGAUGUUAUCAUGAACGGAGAUGAAAGGGCUUUUCCAACACGGAGAUGUAGCAUGGAUCAAAGCAUUUGUUGGAUUUCAGCUUUUACAAGCGGACAUCAACGCAGUAGCAUUUUAGCAAGCUUACGAACGCAUAUAGGAUACCAUCAGGAUUGUCAUUGGUUUUAUUUCAAGUUGAAGAGGAGAUACUUUUACGAUGUAAAUGACAGUAGAAAUAAGUCCUACAUAUCUUGUUGUACUUCGUAUUGGUUUAAUAUUCAUGUAGAGUAUGAGACAUUAAGUGAAAGUUUUCUGAGAUGAUUACGGCGACUCUGCUGUGUGCGGUGGCUGGAGAGGAGGAGCUUUUCCUCGUCCUGGCGGUAGUGGCAAUGCGGCAACUCCAAUCAAUGCGUUCCCAACUCAAACCACGCUCCCAACUCGAACCACGCCGCCGGGUGAACUGUGCUAACCCUGACUUCCAAGCACUUGACCGCUGGUGUGACUGAUGACUCGCUACCUCCCUCAAGGGGCGGAGAUAAACACGAAGUUCGCCGUAGGAGAAGCGGCUACCGCGGUCACUGGUGCGGGUGAAAAGCUGUCCCAACCAUGCCCACCACGCACGCCCCCAGCACGUUCUUUUUAACACAAACGUUCACCGGAAAUGUCCCCAACGCGUGCCGGUUCCACACCAGUUGCCUCAAGGAUUGAUGGCUGUGCUCUCGGAGUACGUGUCGUGCGGUAAGGUGGAUGUGUGCGUGUGCGCGCAUGAAGUUUCUUUUUUUCAAACGCGGAAAAAAAAACGUACCAAAUGGAAAAAAAAACAGACGAGCUGGACUGCAGAAUUCGAACGAAAAGGCGCGGCGGAACCUCGAAACAUGUUUUUUUGGCGAAACACGUUUUUUUCGUGCGUUUUUUCCCAAACCGUCUAUUUUACGAUACCGCGCGAAGCAUUGUGAGGAUACAUGCGAUGUGCACAAAACCAAUCUUUCUGUGCUCCAAACGCCCACCAGCGGUCGAGUAAGUCGUACUUUUCGCCGAAACCAACGCGGGGUUCCCGAGGCACGAAACAAAUUGCGCUGUGUUCCCAGGCCUGUUAGGAAGGAGUGACCAGCCGGGUGUCUACGAGCCGAGAGUAUCUCUUUUGUUCGGAAAGCUUGCCCAUAAGACUGCUCAGUCAGCGCUGACUGAGUAGUCUAGUCUAAUGGGUAGAUGGGAGAAGUAAAGGGAGAAUGGAGAAGAAAUGGGAGAAAGAAAGGGAGACGGUGGGGUUGGGACGAGGGCGGAGGAGGGUGAAAUACAGACGGCGGGGUAGACUAUAUCUGUAGGAGGUUGGCGAAGGAGCCGCGGGGGGUUAGCCUCACUUGCCCACGGGGUUGGAGAAAGCGCGCAACCUUCAGUUUCCACGAGCAAAGCGUAGAUGGUGGAGGGUGGAAGCCAAACAUCCUUCGCCGAGUACACCGGAGGGGAUCAGCGACGGAAACGCUACAGAGGAGCAUCGUCGGCAAGAGCGUGCGGAUCGGAAGCUGCUCCGGACCGUACAUAAGGUGGGGAGAAAGGCGACUGAGCUCGAGCGCAAGGUGGGUUGACAGAGUCAUUUUCCUCGCCUGUCACAGUUCGUGUUGAGUAUCUCUCUGAAUGCCGCAAAUCUGCUGCGAAUUUCAUGGACGGAAGGAGUGAAAUCGAUCAGGUUCGUUUGCACGUAUGCAUAAUAUUCUAUGAAUAUUUCACCGACCUCGUACCAUUGUACCUCGGAUUAUGGUGUUGGUUUCGCAGUAGUUUCACAUCCCGUUAUUCAAGAGUGUCGUACUACUGAAGCACUGAAAUGGCAGAGUUUUGGCUUCUAGUGGACAUCGGUUCCCUCUCUUCGAAGCUGAAAGUGAAACACAUUUUGUGCAAUGAGGCUGUGCGGUGUUAUGCCUCUGAUUCGAUUAACCAAGCGAGGUAUACGUGUCGGGGUCGGAUUUCUGUGUGACACCGGGACCUGGGGCACAGCCAGGUCUCAUAAUGAAUGCCAGGCAAAAGAGGAAGGAGUGAAAUUCUCGCGCAAGGGUCACGACAGACAGUGAACCAGCACGUUGACAAGGAGUCGGGACGCAGGUUAAUACCGCAACUUGGUCUGACGGAAACCUUGCCCGAUAAUGAUAUUGGCAAGAAUGAAAUGAGUGAACUUCGUAAAGACCUUGUUUCCGUGAAGCUCUAUUUCUUCAACGACAUGGUACCACGUUUCUUGAAAUAUCACAGAUUUUGAAAAAACUUCACUCCGGAUUCGACCACCAUGUCGUGCUACCGACCAAGCAGAGUCUUGUUUCAGGUGCAUAUGGAUUUCCUCGACAAUUGACCCUCCUCGGAGAUGACAUUGAAACGCAAUGACGCCCUGCCAUGGUAUGCCUCUUAUUCGAUCAAUCAACGAUGAUAUUCGUGUCGGAGUCGGGACUCGGAUUCAGACCGGGACUUCUGGCACAGACGGCUCUCGAUUUGAACGUCGUGGACAAGAAGGAAGGAGUGAUGUUCUCAGGGAGAAAUUCAUGUCGGAGUCUGGACUGGAUUUCACACCGGGACGUGGGCUACCGAAUCUUGGUAUUGGAACUGUUUUCAAGGUCAACGAGGAUGAAAAUCUCGAACCCACCUCGUACGAUGUGGUGAUGGAGUCAAGAGGUGGCAUGCACACGUUCCUCCUGAUCUCGUCGACGCAAACGUGCCAGGUCGUUGCCAGUACACCAACAAUCCACCGAACCGGCAGGGGAAAAGGGU